UUAUUUUUGUAUCUACCUAUUAUACUCGCAAAUAUCCCUUGUUCCUGAACUUAUACUAGUUUGCGUGUGGCCGUGCCGCCAUGUUUUGUUCCCCGCACCAGCUAGUUAGUUUGUAAAGGUUGCUGUUAAGAUACGUACGUAAUAAAUGUUUAAUCAGAAAAAUAAUGAAUUAAAUCUAUCACAAAGGUCCUUCGAACGUCAAAACCCAAAUCCUUAUCACAUAACCCUCCAUAUGGUCAAUUCGAGCGGAUUUGAAACAGCUAUCUAUAAAUUACAGUGCCCAGUGCAACAAAACAGUAAGUGAACUUCAACCGUUAAUACAGACAUUUAUGCAAGUGAAUCACCAGCUGAUUGCUUCAAAGUACUUUAUUGGAAAUCAAAUACAUUACAUGGGAUCAUAUCCAAGCAUCAAAAGGCAAGAUUUAAGCAAAAACAGUGAGUAAGAAGUAAUUAACAAACGAAAAAUAUCAGCGGCGCAUCGCCACACGCUAGUCGAAUCCAGUUCCAUCCAGAUCGCAGUCGCACGUGCGCCGAUCGCCGAACAUUCCAAGCAUCGAGAGCGGACGUCGGUAAACUGGACAUAGGAAUUUAAAGAUCUAUCUCCUAAACCAGAAAAGGAUUCUGCUCCUCAAGUGAAGAGAGUACAAACAAGAAUACCCACAAUACAAAUACCUACCUUCAAUGGAAAAUAUGACAAAUGGCUACAUUUUAAGGAUUCAUUUCAAUCAAUGCUGCAAGAAAACCCGAUGUUGUCUGAAAUUCAGAAGUUCCAAUAUUUAAGAAGUACAUUGAAAGGAGAAGCGCUUCAAGUAAUCCAAGCAUUGCAAUGUACCGGAGAUAACUAUCAAAAGGCAUGGGUAUUACUGGAAAAAAGGUAUGAAAAAAGAAGAUUAAUAAUAAAUACACAUGUAAAAGAAUUAUUUGAACUGCCAAACAUAUAUAAAGAAAAUCAUAUUACUAUAAGAAAAUUUAUAGAUUCGACAAGAAAUCAUAUCGCAUCGUUGGAAACGCUGAAAGAACCGGUAGCAAGCUGGGACACUUUGAUAAUUUAUUUAUUGAAUUCAAAACUGGACAGUCGUACAUCAAAGGAUUGGGAAGAAAAACUAAACAACAGACCAGCAAACAAAACAAAUGAAAUGCCAACUCUUGAAAAAUACCUAGAAUUUCUGGAAAGCAGAUGCCAAACAUUACAAAUGAUUGACAAAAAUGUGAAGUAUAAUAGGUCAGACAAGAAGGUAGUAUUAGCAACAACAACAGAACAGAACAAGACUCCACAAUGGACUUGUGCUUAUUGCAAAAAUGGUCACGCCAUAUAUGCCUGCAGGGAAUUUAUAAAUCUCUCAGUAAACAAUAGAACAGAAGAAGUAAAAAGGCUUAACUUGUAUCUCAAUUGUUUAAAGUUUGGUCAUAUGGUACAACACUGUAGGUCCAUAGCAUGCAAGAAAUGUAACCGAAAACAUCACUCGUUACUACACAGGGAUUACAAUACUACAACAGUCUCACAAGUAGACGAUCAACAAGCAAACACUUCAAGUACCUCAUCCACGGAAUCAAACACUCACACACAUCAAAACAACACAGUUUCAGCUCAUUGUGCACACAAGGAACUAGGUACGGGGUCCCAAUAUCAUUUCAUCACGCAAGAAUUACAUAAAAAAUUGAAACUAGGCACACAACAUAUUUCCUUACCCGUAACGGGAAUUAAUGAAACAUCCACAAACAUUACGAAAGGUACAAGUAUAAAAUUCAAAUCUUGUUAUAACAAUUCUUCAUUCAAAUUAAACUGUUUGAUAGUACCAAGGUUAACUAGUAAACUUCCUCAAUAUAAAAUUGAUAAGGUCAACCUAAAUUUACCUGUAAACAUACAACUUGCAGACUCGAAAUUCAACAUUCCCGGCAGCAUAGAUGUCCUGAUUGGGGCAGACUUAUUCUGGGAAUUGUUAUGUCCAAAUAAAAUAAAGUUGCAAAAAGGACAACCUAUUUUACAGGAAACGCAGCUAGGAUGGAUCAUAUCUGGCCCAGUUAACAAUCCAAAUUCAAAUCCAAGAUCAACUUGUCAUCUAUCAGUGAACGACAAUCUAGAAAUCCAAAUCGAAAGGUUCUGGAAGACAGAAGAGUUAACAGAAAGGGAACGAUUUUCUCCAGAAGAAAUUCAGUGCGAGGAAUACUUCAAAACUACAACCAAAAGAGAUAACGAAGGUCGUUAUAUUGUCAGCCUGCCCAAGAAUGAUUCCGUACUACUAGGCGAUUCCUUACAAACAGCCAUACGAAGACUUCAAUUAUUAGAAAAGAGACUAGAAAAGAAUCAGGAAUUGAAAACCAAGUACCAUCAUUUUAUGAAUGAAUAUCAAGCAAUGGGACACAUGUCUGAAAUUAAAAACAAAGUUGAAGGCGACAAGGUAUUCUACUUACCACAUCAUCCCGUUGUUCGAGAUCACAGUGUAACCACAAAGGUUAGAAUGGUAUUCGAUGGAUCAGCUAAAACCACAUCAGGUUCAUCACUAAAUGACUUAUUACUUGUUGGUCCAACAAUACAACCAGAUCUAAUUCACAUUAUAUUAAGAUUCCGAACUCAUCAAUAUGUUCUUACAGCAGACAUAGCAAUGAUGUAUAGACAAAUCAAUAUCCAUGACUCGGAUAAAAACUUACAACGGAUAUGUUGGAGAAAGGAUUCUAAUGACGAAAUAAAGAUAUUCACCCUAAAUACAGUUACGUAUGGAACUUCUUCGGCGCCCUUCCUGGCUACAAGAUGUUUAGCUCAACUAGCAGAAGACGAAGGUGAAAACUAUCCCCUAGCAAAGCAAGCUCUCAAAAAUGAUUUCUAUAUGGACGAUCUCCUGACAGGAUCCUCCACAAAAGAACAAACUUUAAGGUUACGGCAGGAACUCAUGAAAUUAUUAGACAAGGGAAAACUACCUCUACGUAAAUGGAGAUCCGAUGACUCAACCAUGUUAGAAGAUCUACAACAAGGCAAAUACGAAUCGCUCAUGGUGUUAAACAAGGAGGAACCUAUCAAAACUUUAGGGCUUCUAUGGAAUUCACAAGAUGACACAAUUCAAUACAGUCUGUCUUUAAAGGAUCCCUUAGGAUUAAUUGGACCAGUAGUGACAUCUUCAAAACUCAUUAUGCAACAGCUAUGGAAACUAAACUUAUCCUGGGAUGAACCAAUUCCUGAUUCCCUUAGAAAAUUAUGGUUAGAAUUCUAUAAUGAAUUAAGACAUCUCCAGGACAUAAAACUUCCACGUAACGUCAAUCCGAACAAUGCACAAUUAACAUUCGACAUUCAUGGAUUUAGCGAUGCCUCUGAAAAGGCAUUUGGCGCAGCAAUUUAUGCAGUAAGUAGUGACAAAAAAGGCAACAUGCAUUCUUAUUUAAUCUGUUCCAAAUCAAGAAUAUCACCUCUGAAAACCCUAUCCAUUCCUCGAUUGGAAUUAAAUGGAGCACUAUUGUUAUGCAAACUUACAUCCAUAGUGAAGAAAGCUUUAAAGGAAAAAAUAAGAAACACAUACCAUUGGACAGAUUCUACCAUAGUACUUACCUGGAUAAAAACGCCUCCUCAUCUAUUAAAAACAUUCAUAUCCAACCGAGUAGCAGAAAUUCAAAGACUAUCCCCUGACAUUCCUUGGUAUCAUGUGCCAUCGAAACAAAACCCUGCUGAUGUACUUUCAAGAGGAACUACAGCCAACAAUCUGAUAACCAAUCAAUUGUGGUGGUUAGGCCCAGCAUAUUUAACCUCAUCAUGUGACUGGCCUAAUCAAUCGUUAGACAAUGUAG